AUGGAUGGUGGCUUCUAUGGGUGGGUGAUCAAUAAUGGAUAUCGAUCAUAUAAUAUGAGGCGGAUAAAGAUUGGCAUGUGGUUGAAUAGUGAAGGGAAGUGGCAUGAGAGGAGAAUGAAGGCUAUUGGUGGUUGUAUGCCUUGGGUGCUAGUGCUUGAUGGAUGGGCUAGUUUGGUGAGAGAAGGAGGUAAGGUGUUGGGUAAGGUAGGAGAUGAUGUGGAGGAUGAAAGAGGUUAUGAUAAAGAAGCUAGGGUUUCAUCCAAAUCAAAGGAGAUAGUGGAAGCCAACUUUGAGAAAGAUGGUGAAUAA